CGUAACCGACUCUGUUACUCACGCGUUAUCUCUACACCUCUUUCUCUCUCUAAGUUGUUGAUAACUCUCUCUCUCUCUCUCCCCCCUAGCGAUCAGAAUUCGAAUGGGCCUUUGUGUAUCCGUUGGUCGCAGCGACUGCGAUUCAUCGCCGACGGCUAAAAUCGUGACGGUUAACGGCGAUCUCCGGGAAUACAAUGUCCCGGUGUUAGCCUCUCAGGUUCUUGAAGCGGAAUCUUCUUCAUCUUCAUCCUCGUCGCGGACUUCCUCUUACUUUCUAUGUAACUCGGAUUCUCUCUACUACGACGAUUUCAUCCCGGCGAUCGAAUCGGAGGAGUUUCUCCAGGCGGACCAAAUCUACUUCGUUCUCCCAAUCUCUAAACGCCAGUACCGUCUCACGGCGUCAGACAUGGCGGCUCUCGCGGUGAAAGCCAGCGUCGCGAUCGAGAAAGCCGCGGGGAAGAAGAAUCGCCGUCGUAAGAGCGGGAGGAUAUCUCCGGUGAUGAUGUUGAAUCAGCCUAACGAACGGAGCGUCGCUGUAAACAGAAGUGCAAACGAGACGAUGAUGGCACAAAAGGGAAAGGUGCUUAACAAAACGACACCGUUUAAGACUGCUAAUACGAGCGGUUAUUCCCGGUCCGGUUCGGUACGGAGAUUUAAAAGAUAUGCAUCGGUGGGAGCCAAGAAGCUUGCGGCUCGAUCGAUUAAAAGACUCUCGACCAUCUACGAAGGAACCGUGUUUUAGAUUUAUAUAAAACUUACAUUUCAACGCUUUAAUGCUUUUAACGUUUCAAUGAAAACGAUCUCUGUAUAUUUAACGUUUGCGCUUCGCUUUUGUGAUAUAAUGUUUUCACAUUUUGUUGUGUACCAUAGUUUAGCCCUUAAUUAUAAACCAAAUACGAAUCACUCUGUUACGACUUUCAUGAAGUUGCAUUCUACAUAUACUAAAACAUACUUUAUGAGUAACAUACUUUAUGAGUAACUUAAGUUUGUUAUAUAUAUAUAAAGACAAUGGGCUAAAACCCGGUGCUUUCUCUCUCCUAACGCUCUAGAUCUCAAAACGCCAUUGUCAUCGCCUCUGGUGUCCGGACGGCGCGUCCGAGCGCGUGCCGGUGCCGGAGGGCUUUCUCCUCUCAACUCUGUUUGCUUUUUGCUUCUCUGAUCUUCUCGUGCUCUCCCCGCUUUGUUUCCGGCUCUGGUUUGGCAUCCGUUAUUGGCUUCUGUCGUCUGCUCGCGAAGAUUGACGAUUCCGGUGGUGGUUUAGCUCCUCGUGGAGCCGUGACGCGGUGUAGUGGUGCGGGUCGUGCUGGGGAAGUCGGUUUUUAGGGUUAUGGUGAGCUCGUUUUUCCCUUACUCAAGCUCUCCGGUGUUCCAUCGUCGUGGGGAGGAUGUGAGGGUUCUUGUCACGGCUGGUCCGGUGGUGGUUCGUCACUACGGAUCUAUCGCGUCGUGCUCGUUCGGUUGAGGUGGUGGGUUUUUAGGGUCUCCUCGGGUCGGGGAUAUUCCGGUUCCUGCUUGCCGCAACCAAGAGUGCUCCGAUCUCUGGAUUAGGAGGCGAGUUUCGAGUCGGAUGUAAUCGUGGUGAAAGUGUCCGGUUUUGUUUCUUCGUGUGUGUGCUUCUGGUUCAAUACGAGUGGUCGUCUAUGGCCAUUAGAUGGUUCCUAGUUUGCUCAGCCUCUCUUUCGUUGCUCCCUCCUCUAGCAUCCUGUUUUGAUUGUCCGACGGUUUAGGCGACGGCCUGGCUUUAGGAGUUAAAGUCUCUUGUUCGUCAUUGAUGUUUAUCUCCUUGGCUCUGGAGGUUGUUAGUUUGUGGUCAAGAAAAGUUCUUUGGUUCUCAAAGGCUUAGAUGCUUAGGCGGUUCUCGGGAGUCAUUAGCCGUCUUUGAGUCAGCGUCUUGUCCAUGCUCACAUCCGGGCACCGCGGUGUUGGUCUUGUUCCUCUGGCGGUGGUGUAGCUGGCUUUCUUGCGUUGGUUUUGAGACUUCUUUUCAGGUUGUGGCGAUGGAUACAACCCGUCUUUCUGCAGGUUUCGUAGACGGUUGAAGCGGGUGUUUGCUCGUUUUGGGAUGCGGUUCAAGGCGUCGUGUGGCGUUUCAUACAUUCCGGCUUUGGUGGCGUUCGCAAGGCCUUGGUAAGUAUUUGAAUCUUCCCCUUCGAUCGUUUUGAGCUUCAUAGACAGAGAAAGUUGCAAGUUUGGUGGAGAUCAUCGGAAACUAGCUACUCCGGAGACGUCAAGGGAACUCCCGGCAUCCUCGGCAACGAGGAGAACCUCACUUACCCGAGAAUCACGUUGAUGGUAGAGAACGGCUACCGAUGUCGAAGGAUUUCGAAAAACAAACUAGCGGAAUGUGCCGGGUUUAGUGGGUGGACGAAGCUAGUAUUGUAAUAGAUUAAUUUCGACAUUUUGUUCAAAACAAGCUUGUAGCCGUAUCUGAUUCCCGAUUUAUCGGGCAGAUUUUAUUUAU